AAAUUUUAGUGCGAAAAUUAGUGGUAGAGCUCGGAAACUCUGUAAACGACCACGAUAGGCGGAGCCAAUGCGUACUUCAUCGAGUGAGGAGAUUGAGCAGUGGCGUAGCAAAAAACUAUUCUAUGAUCAAGAAGGGUUUGAGAUUCAUAAUUUGUAGUAGUUAAAAUUUCCUCUAUUCAAUAAUUGCAAGAUGAAAUAGUAAAAAUCAUAUCUAAUGCUAAUACACGUUGAUUUCCUAGAAAUACAAAGCAGAGAGGUCGAAUAAAUAAAAAUACACAAUGAGUAAAGAGUAAAAACGCGUUUAUUGCAAAAAAUGUUUCUACUGGUAUCUUUACUAUAACUGGUAAUAUUGAAAUGUUAAACUUUAAGACGAAUUCCCUACACAUGUAAGUACACGCCACGCCACUGUUUUCUGCCAACACCCCUAAUUUAAAGAUUGGACUCGUCCGAGACGAGUUUUCGUCUCUGCGCACUCCUACCACCGUGGACGAUCUGUCAUUUCGCGGACUCUAUUCUGUGGUUAAAUGUCAAAACUUUUCCAAGGAUGUCCGAUAUAAAAUCAUUCUUGCACCAGUUCUGCCAGAAGACCAAGAAAGAGCAGCCCCAGUUUGAAGUCCGGCCAACCGGCCCCAAACACCGCCAGAGAUUCCUCUGCGAAGUCCGCAUCGAUGGCUACAGUUACGUGGGGGCUGGCAAUUCCACCAACAAAAAGGACGCCCAAAGCAACGCCGCCCGCGAUUUCGUCAGUUACCUCGUCCGGGAAGGCAUUGUUAACCCCGCCGACGUGCCCGACUUCCAGGAUGCGCCUCCAGGUCCAAACACCGUUCCGAUGAAUCGGGGGCCCGCCCCUUCGGUGUUUCGACAGGGAAUGGGGCCCUCGUCGUUUGGGGAGGCCUACAGGCCUCUGGGGCGCGAUCACGACGAUUGGCAUUACAUGAACAGGGCGCAGGAACAGAAGAGUGUGGAGGAUGCAGAGGAUUUGGAUGUGAAUGCUCAGAUUCAUGGCAAUUGGACUGUGGAGAAUGCAAAGUCAAAGCUGCAUCAGUUUAUGCAAAGCAAUAAAAUACACGCGGAUUAUAAGUAUACGCAAGUGGGGCCAGACCAUUCCAGGACUUUUGUGGCCGAAAUGAGCUUCUACGUCAAGCAACUCGGACGUACAAUAACCGGUCGUGAUUCCGGUUCAAAUAAGCAAACCGCUAGUAAAAGUUGCGCUCUUUCCAUCAUUCGCCAACUGUUCCAUCUCGGUGUAAUUGAAGCAUUUUCCGGAACACUUAAAAAAGAGAAAACCGGCAGUGAAAUGAAACCUUUCGAUGUAAAAAUCUCCCCAGAUUUACAAAAACAAAUCAAAGAUUGCCUCGACACUUUGAAUAUCACUCCGGUUGAGGUUAAACCGGAAAGCGAAAGCCAACCGGUUUCACUUUUGAGCAAUCACAUUUUGGACGACUUUCAAGCCUCCAAACCGAUAGCUGCAGGAGUUGUCCCAUGGUCGCCUCCUCAACAAAAUUGGAAUCCUUGGACUGGGUGCAACAUUGAUGAGGGCCCCCUUGCCAACGCCAACUUGGACGAGUUGAGCGAACAUUUGGCCGAAGAAACCAAACAAAAAUUGAAUCAUGACGUUGAUUUGAAAGCUAUCAUUAGUGAGAGACAAGGUUUGCCAGUGUAUUCAAUGAAGGGGCAAAUUAUGGCCGCAAUUAACGAUAAUCCCGUUAUCAUAAUUAAGGGAAAUACCGGAUGCGGUAAGACUACACAAGUGUGUCAGUACAUUCUCGAGGAUUAUAUUAUGUCGGGUCAAGGUGCCUGGUGCAAUAUUUGUAUAACACAGCCUCGGAGAAUUUCGGCUGUUUCCGUUUCGGAACGAGUGGCCAAUGAACGUUGCGAAGCAUUGGGACAAUCGGUUGGGUAUUCGGUUCGGUUUGAAUCGGUUCUUCCCCGACCUUAUGGUUCCAUUAUGUUUUGUACGGUUGGCGUGCUUUUGAAGAAGUUGGAAAAUGGGCUCAGAGGCGUCAGUCAUGUGAUUGUCGACGAAAUACACGAAAGGGACGUCAAUAGUGACUUUAUUAUGGUGGUUUUACGCGACAUGAUCCACACCUACCCAGACUUGCGCGUAAUUCUAAUGUCGGCAACAAUUGACACGAGUUUAUUUUCGAAAUAUUUCAACAAUUGUCCAGUUGUUGAAAUCGCCGGCCGAACUUAUCCCGUCCAGCAGUACUUCCUGGAGGACUGUGUCGAACUCACCGGUUUUGUGCCACCUACAGAAACACGCAAACGUAAGGCUGGAGGAGGCGGUGGUGGUGGAGGCGACGAUGACGAAACAACCAUUGGAGACGACGGCGAUGAAAACAUGAACAAAAUAAUCGACCCAAAAUUCAGUACUCAAACCAGAAAUGCAAUGGCUCGAAUGAGCGAACGCGAAGUGAGCUUCGAAUUGAUGGAAGCCUUGCUCAAAUACAUCAAAUCGCAAGAAAUUCCGGGAGCUGUUCUAGUUUUUCUCCCCGGUUGGAACCUGAUUUUUGCAAUGAUGCGCCACUUGCAACAGCAUCCAGUGUUUGGAGGGGCUGCCUAUAGGGUGCUGCCGUUGCAUUCGCAGAUUCCACGAGAGGAUCAAAGACGUGUCUUUGAGCCGGUGCCCCCUCAUGUCACCAAAGUUAUUCUGGCAACAAAUAUUGCCGAAACUUCCAUCACAAUUAAUGAUGUAGUGUUUGUGAUUGAUAGUUGCAAGGCCAAGAUUAAAUUGUUCACUUCGCAUAAUAAUAUGACGAGUUAUGCGACUGUUUGGGCCUCAAGGACUAAUCUCGAGCAGAGGAAAGGACGUGCAGGGAGAGUCAGACCGGGGUUUUGUUUCCAUUUGUGUUCGAAGGCACGCUUUGAUAAACUGGACGAACAUAUGACACCGGAAAUGUUCCGAACACCGCUGCAUGAAUUGGCACUGAGUAUUAAGUUGUUAAAGUUGGGCUCGAUUGGGCAUUUUUUGAGCAAGGCGAUCGAGCCACCGCCACUAGAUGCCGUCAUUGAAGCAGAGGUUUUGUUACGUGAGAUGAAAUGUUUGGACAGUAACGAUGAGCUGACACCACUUGGUCGCAUCAUUGCCAAACUUCCGAUUGAACCACGAUUGGGGAAAAUGAUGGUUCUGGGUUGCAUUUUUAUGUGUGGUGGUCCCUUGGCCACAAUGGCUGCUAAUUCGUCCACAUUUCCCGAAAUUUUCACACUUGAUAUGGGCCAGAGACGUUUAAGCCACCACCAGAAGGCUCUGGCUGGGGAUAGGUGCUCUGAUCACGUCGCCAUGUUGACAGCUUUUGAGUUGUGGGAUCAAGCACGUGCUGGUGGCGAAGAAGCCGAGCAACGUUUCUGCGAAUACAAAGGCAUAAGUAUGCCGACAAUGCGUGUCACGUGGGAGGCCAAACACCAAUUGCAACAAAUUCUCAAUUCGGUGGGUUUCCCCGAAGAGACUUUAUCACCGAUUCCUAUGGAUACAGUUGGCCCUGAUCCGAAAUUGGACGUUGUGAUGGCAUUAAUGUGUUAUGGUCUUUAUCCAAAUGUUUGUUAUCACAAAGAGAAACGAAAAGUUUUGACAACCGAGAGCAAGGCCGCCUUGAUACAUAAAACAUCAGUCAAUUGCAGUAACUUUGAACAAACGUUCCCGUAUCCAUUUUUUGUUUUUGGGGAGAAAAUACGGACAAGGGCCGUUUCGUGUAAACAAAUGAGUAUGGUGACGCCGAUUCAUUUGUUAUUGUUUGGUUCGAGAAAAAUUGAUUGGGUUGAUGGUGUUGUGCGACUUGAUAAUUGGAUUAAUUUGAAUAUGGACCCAGAAGUGGCGGCCCUUAUUGUGGCCCUAAGGCCGGCCCUGGAAAGUUUAGUUGUUCGGGCGUCGCAAGAACCGGAACAAAUACUCGAAAUGUCACCAGGAGAUCUCAAAUUUGUUGCAACAAUUAAAGAGCUGUGCAAGUUGCACGCUGGGAGUUACCAAAUCGAGAGGGCUAGACCCCAAAUGCAACAAUCGAGGCGUCCACCAAGGGGGCACUCUUUGGGUUUUCAAGGACCACCACCAAAGUUUUUCAGAGGGGGGUCUCGAGGGGGCUUUGGAGAUAAUCGGGGUGGUUUUCGAGGGGGUUUUGAUGGGGGCCAUGGAUUUGGGGGAAGAGGGGGUUUCAGAGGCAGGGGCGGAUUUCCAAGAGGUCGUGGUUUCAGAGGCUAUAGUAAUUAUUAAUUGUAUCGGUAGACAUAAAUGUGUUUGAUCAUCUCGGUAUUCAAAAAUUAAAAAUUUUAACAAAAUAAAUAUUAGUUUUUUCUUCUCGAACUUGAGGCCUUGGCUCACUAGAUUCACUACAAAGAACAAAACAAUAUAUAUUUUUUGUUGAGUUUGUUAAUAAAAUUUAAAUUUGAA